AUGUCACAACAGCAGCAAAGACAACAGGGCGAACACGUCUCUGCUGAAGAUGAGCUUGUGCACUUGCGAUCGCAGAAUGAGCAGCUUUGGAAGAUUGUCGAAAAGCAGCGUGUCAUGAUUCAGAACUUGCAAAAGGACAAUAGUCGACUGGCCAUUGAACGAGAUGGUAUUCUUGACAAGUAUCAAGCCCUCGAAAAGGAGAUGGGCAUGCGUACACAACGACAACGCUAUACAUCGAUCCUCAUCUCGCCCGAAAUGCUACGAGAGAUUGCUGAAGCAGACGAUGCCACCACACCCCUUGAACAACAACCACCUACUGUACCUACUAUCAUUACCAGUAAUUUGAGUACAGGGUCAACAACAGCUACAGCAGCAACAGGAGGAGGUGCUACUACACCUUCGAGCAGUGGUAGCAGUAGCCCAGUGCCACCACCACGAUCUCCUUUUCGACGUGUACCAGCGGAUGAUAUUCGAUCGGUCAAGAAUAUGGAGACAUCACCACCCACAUCGCCUGUACCUACUGAAAAAGCCAGACGUAGAAAGGCUCGUGAAAGUAUGAUGCCUCCUCCACGUACGGUUCUUGAACACGACCCAACUAUGCGCGCUGCAUCACCGCCUCUUCCCCGCAUCAUUCCGUCAUCUGGUUUAUCCCGCUCUGAAACACCCCCCAUGGAUCAUUAUCAUCAUCCACUUGCUGUGCCCACCAUUCAGGAACCAUUUCAACAACAACAACAUGAUCAUAUCGAGCAUGCUGGUUCUAGUUUCUCCGUCAAUGAGGUUUACAUCAAGGUCACGGGUUCUACCAUCAAGACCAAUGAACGUGGUAAAGAAGUCAUUUCAUUCAUCAUUGCCAUUGGUCGAUCCGAGGAGCCUACUUUUGAUGAGCUUUGGCGUGUGGAAAAACGUUAUUCGGACUUUUUGGAUCUCGAUGCAAAGCUCAAGGCACAACCAAAUCCAGAAGUCACGAGCAGAAUCUCAAAAUUACCUGACAAGGCCAUGUUUACUACGCAUGCUCCCAGCAAAGUGGAUCAACGCAAGUUGGCAUUGGAGCAAUAUUUACAACAUGCACUUUCGCUUCCUUGGCAAGACAUGUCCGACCUUUGUGAAUUCUUGAGUACCAACGUCAUUGAGCAUGAUGUAUACCGAAAGGCAAUUGGUAUGAAGGAAGGCUACCUGACCAAGCGGGGCAAGAAUUUUGGUGGAUGGAAAUCGCGGUACUUUGUAUUGAAUGGUGAUGUGAUUGAUUACUUCGAAUCGAAGGAUGGCAAUCAACUAGGCACGAUCCGCCUCACCAAUGCCCAGAUUGGCCGUCAGACAUCAGGUGUUACACCAGCGGCCGAUGACAACAAUAGCGUUUAUCGUCAUGCCUUUUUGCUCGUUGAACAAAAGCGUGCUGGUUCAUCCAAUGUGGUGCGUCAUAUCCUAUGUGCAGAAUCAGACCAAGAUCGUGAUGAAUGGGUUGAAGCCAUUAUCCAAAAUAUCAACUUUGACAAUGACCCACCCGCCAGCCUUGUCAAGGAGAAUAAGCGCAACAAGAAGGAUAAACCACGUAAAUCAUCCAAGGGCGAUGUGGUGCCUACAGUGAAGGAACCUGAAGGCGUAGUAGUGGGUAUGGCUAUCAGUAGUGGUGUUGGCCCUACACCUUCUGUGUCAAGUGAUAGCACCGAUUCUUCCUUAUUAUCAUCUUCUUUACCUUCCAAUGCGGGUGGUAUGCCACCACCACCACCUUCUGCUGCAUGGACAACCGAUUAUGGCCGUACUAGUUUGGAUCAGCAAUUACCUCCACAUGGCCGUAACUUGCAUACACCACCACCUAUUCUUAUGCGUCGUAGCUCCAUGGUCAAUCUUAGUACUACGAGUGAAGAAUCAGCAGCAGCAGUGCCACCACCUAUACCAACACGUGCUCCAUCCCCUUCAAGUGGACGUACCAGUGAAGACAUUCUUGAUGAGAUGCCUGAUAAAAAGACAAAGAAUAAGGCAAACAGGAUGACAUUUUGGGGCAAGAAAAUGUUCAGCAGUAGCAGCAGCAGUAACAACAGUACCGAGAAUCCACCUGCUCCUCGAACAUCCAAUUCAUUAACCACCGAUUCAGCUUCUACUACCACCACGAGCACAACACGAGCAAGUAUUGCACCCUCAGGAUUCCGAAGUUUCUUAUCCCGAUCAUCCAACGAGUCCUCAGACCGCCAUCAAAAGCAACCUGAAGGACCCUCACCGAAACAAGUCUUUGGUAUACCCUUGGAAGAAGCCGUUCGCGUAUCACGUGUGGUGGAAGGAUAUGAAUUGCCCUCUGUGGUCUAUCGAUGCAUUGAAUAUUUGGAUGCCAAGAAUGCUGUGAUGGAAGAAGGUCUUUAUCGAUUGAGUGGCAGCAGCACGGUCAUGAAGAAUUUGAGACAACGCUUUAAUCGUGAAGGGGAUGUGAAUUUGUUGGCUUCCAAGGAAGAAUACGAUGUGCAUGCUAUUGCUGGUUUACUCAAGAUGUGGUUACGUGAAUUACCCACCAGUGUGCUUACACGUGAACGCCGCAGCGACUUUUUGCAUGUCAUUGAUUUAUUGGACCGCAAGGAUCGUGUCAACGAGCUUGGUCGUUUGGUUUCCCAGUUACCCUUGGCUCACUACACGUUGCUACGUGCAUUGACGGCCCAUUUGAUUCGUGUCGUUCAACAUUCGGAUAUCAACAAAAUGACCGUACGCAAUGUCAGCAUUGUAUUUUCACCUACCCUUGGUGUGCCUGCCAUGAUUUUCAAUUUAUUCAUGAGCGAGUUUGAGUAUGUCUUCUGCACGACCGAGGAUGGUGAUGCUGCUCCACGCAUGAUUGAAGAUGAAGAUGAUGAGGAAGAUGAUGAUGAACAACAAGAAGAAGCUACCACACAAAAUCAAGAUGAAUCUACCACGUCUCAACAACAACAACAACAACAACCUGCAUCUGGAUUGAGUCGCAAAUCCACACUCAAAUUACGCGACGAAUAUGGUCGAAAUAAUCGCAACAGUAUCAGCUAUGUCGAUGGUGCACCCAACGCUAUUGUAGAAUUGGAACGUAACAUGGAUGGUCCUCCUGUUUUGGAUGAAGAUGAUGAAGAAGUAGAUGAAUUAACGCUAUCCACAUCCCAACCACGCCCCUCCGAAGAUGAUACCGCUUCCGUAAAGAGUGAACGUACCGAUACGCCUACACCAACCAACAACACAUCACGUAUUAGCUAA